AGCAGUUUCCUCAAGUCCACUGUAAAGUUCAAGUGACCAUCGCUCAUAUUUCUUUGUUUUAAUAUUUAUAUUUAUUUAGUAUAUUACUAAGUUUUAUUUUUAUGAUCUGACGUUUGUUCAAAUAAUUUAAAUAUUUUAUUGUUAAGGAAAAUUAUUUCAAAAAGUUGAUAAUUUUUUAAUUGUUCAUUGAGUUUCUAAUUAAUUGUAUUAGUUAAUGAUCUUUAUAGUUAAUAAUAAAGAUAUCUGUAUGAGAUUUGAUACAUUUUAUGAGACAGGAGUUCUACUGAACACUUUGCCAGAGGCUGUGACGUUUGAGAAUAUUAGAAAUUUCUCUAAACGGCAACUCUACGAAUUUAUUUUUGAAAAUUGUACUUACUGCCGCAAAAUGGCAGCAGUACCGCAGGGAGCUUUUGCGGUCUGCAAAGUCCAAGAAAUGAUGGAACGUAAAAUGUUGAUGCAAAAAGCUGAUAAUAUUGAGGAUGAUAAUGAAAACUGGAGCGGAUUUUUAAAAAAAAAUUUAUCUGAAAAACGUGAACUGACGCCGCUGAAAUACAACAGCAAGCUGAUGAACAGUAUCUGGGGGCUGUACAAUCGUUACUCAGUUCACAAUCUCAAGAAAAACACUGACCCAGAAGGGGUGAUUUCUAAAACUUUGGGGAACGUACUGUUUACCAGUAGUUCCUCAUGUGCUGCAGCUCAAGCAGCUGAAGCGUCUCCACAACCUCAUGUUCUUUGA